AUGGCGACUACGACGGAAUUUGGGGAGGAGGCCUCUGGGCUUGUCAAUACCCUUCAAGGCCAUGUGGACGCUAUUCGUAGCUUAAUACAAUGUGGCAUUUGUAUCCGCCCGUUAUACGAACCAUUCACUCUUGCCUGCGGGCAUACCUUUUGUUAUUCCUGUUUAUCGUCAUGGUUUGCUGGUGGAAAAUCAAAGAGAACAUGUCCUGACUGUCGAGCGCCCGUGAAAACACAGCCCGCGCCGGCCUAUCUGGUACGGGCCGUUGUUCAGAUGUACACCAGUCGUGCAGAGCUUUUGGGGAUUGAAGAGACCACGGCAGAACACUCAAAAAACCACAAGGAGGAAAUUGAGAAGCUGGAAAAGGACAAAGCAAACACAGACCCCCAAAAUGGAGGUUUGUUUGGAGGACUUUUCACGCCAAAACCCGCUCAACCGAAGCCUGUCAUCGACAUAGAUGAUAACAUCGUACGUUGUCCACAUUGUGCUUGGGAAUUGGAAGAUGGCCAAAGUUGCGGAGGUUGUGGCUACGUCUACCGGCCUGAUCCCGAAGGUACAGACUACAGUGGAUCGGAUUUCAGUGAUAGCGACGAUUAUGAUUCUAUUCUUGAUGGAGACGACGAUGAUGAGGACGAGGACGACGAGGACGAGGAAGCUGGCCCACAAACAUCUCUCUCAAGAACUUUGAACGCACCAUACCACACCUUCAACAGAUCUGUUUUUGGUUCACUUUUACCCGACUUACACCCGCAUCCGUUCUAUUUUCCUGGUGUUCGGCAAACCACCCACGGACAGCCUUGGGAUUUCCCACAUUCGAACCAUGUCUAUGAGGACGAGGCAGAGGAUGGAGAAAUGGAUAGGGAUCACGAGGGAGAAGAAGAGGAGGAAGAAGACUAUUACGAAGAGUCAUUCAUUGAUGACGAAGAACAUACGCAGCGUGAAAGAGAGGAGUCUGAAUCCGAUCAUUCUACAGUGAUUGGCGCUUCUCGUGCUCGUAACCAUGAUUCUUCACGGGGUCCACCCAUUGUGCAGUACCCUCGGGUCUUUGGUCCUUCUUCUACGGCUGACCCGGACGGUUACGAGUGGGAUAGCGAAGAUGAGGCUAGACUCGCGAGAUUUAGAGAGCCAGUGAUCGACGUUGAUCUUUCCGAAUCAGGCUCUGAAGAUACAGGGCCACGGGGCCACGAUCAAACCCUUUCUUCAAUAUCUAAUGGGUCUUCUCAAGCCACCGACGAUUCUGAAAGUUCCCCUAUACUCACUGGCCGUCGUUACCAUCCCACAUCCGUUAUCCCUGCAUCAUCCGAUGAUGAGAUUGACGAGGACGACUCGAGCUCACCUCCUAGAACCAGAAUCAGGACCACAGGCUCAAAUUCCCACAAUGCUAUUGCCAUUGAUGAUUCGGACGAGGAUGAAGAGCUACCCGUUGGUCCUGUACGGAGAACAACCCAGAGACGACAAGCCCGAUUUUCCCCUUACUGA